CUGCCGUCGGCUUUGCGGCUGCACCUCGAAGGAGCGCGUUGGCAUUCCGCCGCGUCGCCUUCGCGACAUCAUUUUCCUCCAUUUUGUGAUUUGAUGGAGCUCUGCCCAUGCGCCGCGCUCCGAGUCCGUUGGUAACCGGUACGGGUCACACGAGGCCCUUUUGCAAAGCUUCCAUAUAUACCUUUGCUGGGACCGGUAGGUUGUCCUUCUCCUACACGUCUUGACGUCCUUCCUCCAAGAUGGCUUUCUUCUCCCUCUUCGAGGGCGUCUCGCUGCUCACCAUCAUCUUCGCUGCUGUAACGCUCUACUGCGCGGGAUUCGUCUUCUACCGUGUAUACCUGCAUCCCCUGGCCAAGUACCCCGGCCCCUUCUGGGCCAAAGUCACCGAUCUCUACUCCACGUACCACGCGUGGAAGGGCGACCGGCACCUGGAGUUCUGGCGAUGCCACGAGAAGUACGGGAAUGUCGUGCGCUUCGGGCCCAACAGCUUGUCCUUCAACACCAAUACCGCUCUGCGCUCCAUCUACGGUGCCAAAGGGAAUGUGCGCAAAGCCGACUUUUACCUUUCUUUCCCUGCUACCAAGGACUCCGUCAGCACGCACAGCGCUAUCGAUCGCUCCGUGCAUGGCCGGAAGCGACGUGUGCUGGCUCAUGCUUUCUCGGACGCCGCUGUCAAGUCCAUGGAGACGCACAUCCUCUCGCACAUCCGCCAGUUCUGCUCUAAUCUCGGCGACAACACCCUGACCACCUACUCCGACUCCGAGAAGCCCAACACCGGCGCACAAUGGACCCCGGCCAAAAACAUCUCCGACCAAGCCAACUACCUCACCUUCGACGUCAUGUCGGACCUCUGCUUCAGCAAAGCCUUCGGCAUGCUCGAGCGCCCCGACAACCGCUUCGCCAUCGACCUCCUGACCAAUGCCGCCCGCCGCCAUCUCAUUUGCGGCACCUUCCUGCCCAUCCACGACUACCACCUCGACAAGCUGCUCUUCCGCAAAAUCGCGGGGAUGCGCGCGCAGUACAUGCAGUUCUCCAAAGCGCAGGCCGCCGAGCGCAUGAAGCUCGGCCUCGACGCCGAACGCAAGGACUUCUUCUACUACCUGCUCAACGCCAAGGAUCCGGAGACGGGGCACGGCUUCUCCGUGCCCGAGCUCUGGGGCGAGAGCAACUUGCUCAUCAUCGCCGGCUCCGACACCACCUCCACCGCCCUCUCCGCCGCAAUCUUCUACCUCGUGCACAACCCGUCGGCCCUCGAGAAGCUCCGCAAAGAGGUCCGCGCCGCCUUCGCCGACGUCGAGGACAUCCGCAUGGGCGCCAAGCUGACGAGCUGCCACUACCUGCGCGCCAGCAUCGACGAAGCAAUGCGCCUCUCGCCCUCCGUAGGCGGCGUGGCGCCGCGCCAAGUCCUGCCGGGCGGAAUGGAAGUCGACGGCCACGUCCUGCCCGAGGGAACGGUUGUCGGCGUCCCGCACUACGCCAUCCACCACAACGCAACCUACUACCCGCAACCCUUCGACUACAAGCCCGAGCGCUGGAUCAGCGGGUCUGAACCGGCUAUCACCCCGGAGUCCGUAAGCACGGUGCAAUCCGCCUUUUGUCCCUUUAGCGUAGGCCCACGAGGGUGUAUAGGAAAAGGCAUGGCCUACGCCGAACUCACAAUGUCCCUCGCCCGCAUCAUCUACCUCUACGACAUGCGCCUCGCGCCCGGCUCGCACCUCGGCGAAGGCAGCCCCGACGCGGAGCUGGGCCGCAAUCGACCCCUGGAGUUCCAGCUGCAGGAUACGUUUACGAGUGCGAAGGAUGGGCCGUUGGUGGAGUUUUGCAACGCUUCGUCGUGAACCUAGUUGAAGGCGAGAGUUUGAUUUUCGGCUGCAUCUGUUGGGAAUGUUUUGCAUGGAUGGAUGGCUUGGGGGUGGCAUGGCAUUGGAUGGCGCUUAUAUGUCCUGAUGGGAUCUCGGUAGUUUGAAUGCUCGGACGUGGACUGGAUCCAUGCACCAUGAUGUUUGGAGAGGUUUUGGUAGUCGCACACUACAAGAGAAAUACGACUUGGUCACGAGUGGUGGAGUAUAACAAAAUCAAAGAUUCGAAU